CUGCUUUUUGCGACGUUAUCGGCUUUUUAAGGUUCUCUCCGCUUUUUCCAUGAAAAAGGAAACGUGUUCAAGCGAAGCGCCGAGAUAAGAAUACUCCCCAGCAGCUAAGAGCGGAAAUGCCUUCGCCAUUCUCCAAGUCUUCUCCAACAAUCCCUUACUCCUUGCUCCUCUAGGGUUUGAGCCAAUCCCUUUCCAAAACCCUUAAAUCUCGUGAUUACUCUUCUUCGAGUCGAUCGGAGUAGGGAAGUGAGAGAAUGGGGAGGGGUUGCAGGUCGGCGUCGCACCAGAUGUUUAAGGAUAAGGCAAAGAACCGGGUCGAUGACCUUCAAGGGAUGUUUUCGGACCUCCAAUCAGCUCGCAGAGAGAGCCGCGCCGGUGACGUCGCUGUGCUCGAGGAGCAGGUCAAUCAGAUGCUGCGCGAAUGGAAGGCCGAGCUCAAUGAGGCCUCUCCUGCUACUUCGUUUCUCGGGAACAGCCGGGUCUCGUCUGACCUCUCUUCGGAGAUCCGCCGCUUGUUGCAGCUUGGCGAGGAGGAGGAUGAUGCCACGAGCCAGUUAGCGGAGUUGGCACAGGCCAAUCUGAAACCAGAGCCGGCGGAUACGCCUGAAGCUUUGGUAGGUAGUGUUCAAGGUGGAAGAUCUGCUGCCUUUCAAGAGGCAAAGACUGAAGCAGCAAGCAAAGCGCGGAUUGGUUUUGAGAAGCUACUAAUGGAAAUUAAGUCAGGUGGUAUUGUUCCCACCUCAGAAAGU